CGUGGUCUGUGGUCAGUAGCAAAAUGCAAGUAGUCCUGAAAAAAAAGAAGCCCACAGACCACGAAUCUGGAGCCUACUGAGUCUGACUGUCCUGUCACUCUUUUGUAUAUUAUUAUUUAUUUUGUUGUUUGUUGUUUUGUUUUGUUAUUUCAAAAUAAAUAAUAACUAAAAACACGGCCCACACGUGCUCACAGUAGAUACUCAUAAUCAAAGACUAAAAUAUCGUCCCAUAUACGCAUAGUAGGUAACAUGGAGCAGGAGCUGUGCGGCGAGAGGCGCCUCCACGCCGCCACAGUGCAGGUUUGCAUGACAUGCCUGGACACUGACAGCCAAAUGUUUUCAGUGAGCGAAUGCAAGUUGGAACAAGCGUAUGAGCACUUGACUGGUUAUCCUUUGUUUGACGUAGGCAACCUACAACACUCACUUUGCGCUGAAUGUGCUCAGAGAUUGACAAACUUUGACAAAUUCAGAGACAAGAGCUUGAGAGCUCGUGCGCUUAUGAUGGACUUGGUAAAACAACAUGAAGUGAUAACGAGACAGCACAUCGCUGCAUUGCACCCGCUGGACCACAGCAUGCAGGCCUCUGUAGAGACGGCCUGGGACAGCGCAGACGUGGCCUCGGUGAAGACGGAGCCCGACCUGCGCGCGGACUGGGACAGCGCAGACGCGCAAGCCUCGGACAGCGAAGACGCGCAGGCCUCGGUGAAGUGCGAAGGCAGUGCCAGCAUGCUGCGGGACGCCAAGCUGCUGGACGAGGCUCUGUGCAGAGUGCUGCUGACGAGAAUGUCGCGUGUGGAAGAGCGCGCGCUGGCGACGCGGGAUCUGCUGAAGUGCGAGAAUGUGACGCUGCAGUGUACGGAGUGCGGCGAGGAGUUCUCCCGCGAGCGCGAGUACAACGAGCACGCGCACUCGAGACAUCGCACGACUCGCGCGAGUGAAGGCUGCUCAGCUACCGUCGUAUUGGCCGCGAGACUUGCGAGCACUGACGACGAAAGAGAGCACCCUGACAAUACCGAACAGGCUGAAGCAAUCGACAAAUGUGAACAAGUGUUUGGGAUUGAUAAUGACGAAGCAGACAAACCGAGCCAAAAAUACAAUGAGCCUACGCAGUGCAUAAAAUCACCAUUAAACAUUUGCAGUUUUUCUGAUUUGGUCAGUAAAAAUAACGAUACUGACCCUGGUGAGACAGAAAGCCAAGAUGAACUCCCUAUAUCAGAAACCAAUGAAUCAGUCACCUCACAUAUUGUUACUGUAGACAAAGUUUCGUUGAACAAUGACGGUGAUGUGGGAAAUAUAGUAACAAUAGAAACUACGGAACUUUCAUAUUCAGCAAAACAUGUAGAGGAAACAAGCAACUAUAUAUGUGACGUUUGCCAAUAUAGGUUUAAAUGUAAAAAUCUCCUAGUGAAACACAUUAUGGCUCACAGUAUAGAAGAACCGUUUGUUUGUGAGUUAUGUCAGUACAAGUUUAGUCAGAACAGUGACUUAGUGCAGCACAUGAGAACUCACACUGGUGACAAACCCUUUAGUUGUGAGUUGUGCCAGUACAAAUGUAGUAGAAAAUCAGCUUUAGUGCAGCACAUGAGAAUUCAUACUGGUGAAAAACCAUUUGUUUGUGAGUUGUGCCAGUAUAAAUGUGUGCAGAAUAGUACUUUAGUGCAGCACAUGAGAACACAUACUGGAGAUAAACCCUUUAGUUGUGAGUUGUGCCAGUACAAAUGUAGUAGAAAAUCAGCUUUAGUGCAGCACAUGAGAAUUCAUACUGGUGAAAAACCAUUUGUUUGUGAGUUGUGCCAGUAUAAAUGUGUGCAGAAUAGUACUUUAGUGCAACACAUGAGAACACAUACUGGUGAAAAACCAUUUGUUUGUAAGCUAUGUCAUUAUAAAUUUGCACAGAAUAGUAAUUUAGUGAAGCACAUGAGAACACAUACUGGAGAUAAACCUUUUAGUUGUGAGUUGUGCCAGUACAAAUGUAGUAGAAAAUCAGAUUUAGUGCAGCACAUGAGAACACAUACAGGAGAUAAACCCUUUAGUUGUGAGUUGUGCCAGUACAAAUGUAGUAGAAAAUCAGCUUUAGUGCAGCACGUGAGAAUUCAUACUGGUAAUAAAUCCUUUGAUUGUGAGUUGUGCCAGUAUAAAUGUGUGCAGAAUAGUACUUUAGUGCAACACAUGAGAACACAUACUGGUGAAAAACCAUUUGUUUGUGAGUUGUGCCAAUAUAAAUGUGUGCAGAAUAGUACUUUAGUGCAGCACAUGAGAACACAUACUGGAGAUAAACCCUUUAGUUGUGAGUUGUGCCAGUACAAAUGUAGUAGAAAAUCAGCUUUAGUGCAGCACAUGAGAAUUCAUACUGGUGAAAAACCAUUUGUUUGUGAGUUGUGCCAGUAUAAAUGUGUGCAGAAUAGUACUUUAGUGCAACACAUGAGAACACAUACUGGUGAAAAACCAUUUGUUUGUAAGCUAUGUCAUUAUAAAUUUGCACAGAAUAGUAAUUUAGUGAAGCACAUGAGAACACAUACUGGAGAUAAACCUUUUAGUUGUGAGUUGUGCCAGUACAAAUGUAGUAGAAAAUCAGAUUUAGUGCAGCACAUGAGAACACAUACAGGAGAUAAACCCUUUAGUUGUGAGUUGUGCCAGUACAAAUGUAGUAGAAAAUCAGCUUUAGUGCAGCACGUGAGAAUUCAUACUGGUAAUAAAUCCUUUGAUUGUGAGUUGUGCCAGUAUAAAUGUGUGCAGAAUAGUACUUUAGUGCAGCACAUGAGAACACAUACUGGUGAAAAACCAUUUGCUUGUAAGGUAUGCCAUUAUAAAUGUGCACGGAAUAGUAAUUUAAUGCAGCACAUGAGAACACAUACAGGAGAUAAACCCUUUAGUUGUGAGUUGUGCCAGUACAAAUGUAGUAGAAAAUCAGAUUUAGUGCAGCACAUGAGAAUUCAUACUGGUGAAAAAACGUUUGUUUGUGAGUUGUGCCAAUAUAAAUGUGUACGGAAUAGUCAUUUAGUGCUUCACAUGAGAACACAUACUGGGGAGAAACCAUAUGUUUGUAAGUUAUGCCAUUAUAAAUUUGCGCAGAAUAGUCAUUUAGUGCAGCACAUGAGAACUCACACUGUUGAAAAACCUUUUGUUUGUAAGCUAUGCCGUUAUAAAUGUGCGUCGAAUAGUAAUUUAGUGAGACACAUGAGAACUCACACUGUUGAAAAACUAUUUGUUUGUAAGCUAUGCCAUUACAUAACUGCGCAUAGUACUAAUUUCGUGCAGCAUAUGAGAACACACACUGGUGAAAAACCAUUUGUUUGUAAGCUAUGUCAUUAUAAAUUUGCGCAGAAUAGUAAUUUAGUGCAGCACAUGAGAACACAUACUGGUGAGAAACCAUUUGCUUGUAAACUAUGCCCUUACAAAAGUGCACGGAAUUGUAAUUUAGUGCAGCACGUGAGAAGUCAUACUGGGGAGAAACCUUUUGCAUGUGAUUUCUGUUCGUAUAAAUGUGCUAUUAACAGUCGUUUAUUGAAACACAUGAGAAGUCACACUCAUAAUUCAUAACAUUUUGCAUUAAUUGAAUUGUGCCAGUAUGUAUUUUACUAGCGACACUAAGUUGAAGAUUCAUGAUUCGUGAUGAUUCGUACAUAUUUGAAGGAUUUCAUUUGUAACUAUUAACUCGCUCUGGCUUCGAACAAGGGGCGCUACCUGAACCAUAGACAAAUAUGUUUAUAAGUUCUCGUAUAUUUUUUGGUUUGAAUAAAGACUGGCUGGUAUGUCGUGCCAUUUGAUUUUUUUUAAAAAAACAUUGUUAAAAAAAAAAUGAAAAACACGCGAACUACAGCCUGCGUUUUUGUCAAUUUAAUUGAUUGUUUGGAUUGUUAGUCCAGUAAUUUGGUCCUCAAGAAGGGGCUUAUCUGGAAAGUUUUCCGGGAGUUAU